AUGUUGCAGUCGUAUGCCCAAUCCAUAAAAAAAGGUGACCCACAAAUAUGUAAUAAUUACAGAGGAAUAAGCUUAUUAAAUGUGGUCUACAAGAUAUUGUCCUACUGCAUUUUAGAUAGGGUUAAACACAUUGCGGAAGAGAUUCUGGGAGAUUAUCAAGGUGGUUUUAGACCCAACAGAUCAACAACAGAUCAAAUCUUCAGUCUAAGACAGAUCAUAGAAAAAUCAUGGGAAUUCAAUAAAAGCAUUUGUAUACUAUUUGUGGAUUUCAAAAAAACAUACGAUUCUGUCCACCGACAUAGCUUUAUAAACAUAUUAAAAGAGUUUGAGUUACCAAAUAAACUAAUAAAUUUAAUUGAGGCCACUCUGCAAAAUACAAAAAUCAAAAUAAAGGUAGCAUCGGAAUUGUUAGAGCCAGCAACGGUAAGGACAGGCCUAAGACAAGGGGAUGCGCUAUCACCAAUAUUGUUCAACUUUAUAUUAGAAAAGGUAAUCAGAGAAACGAAUUGUAACAAUGGUAUUGGGAAACUCGAACAUAAAUAUCUUGGCUUAUGCGGACGAUAUAGCGAUAUAAGGAGAAACUGA